UAUUUGCGGCGCAUUCGCAGAUUUCAAAUAACCCUCUACUUGAAGUUGUUUACUACAAUUUACUUGAAUCAUAAAAUGAGUGUUUAUCAUAGAUUUUGUAGUUUUUCCUGAAAAAAUGUUUUUUAUAAAUUGACAGUAUUUUUUGUAAACUUUUAUAAAUGCUUUGUUUGUUCGUCAUAUUGACGAACUUUGAUCUCAAAACAGUAUUAACCACAAAUGUAAAAAAAUCUUGAGAGAAAUAAUGGAUAUUUGGUGGUUUUCUCGAGUAAUUACACAUCAUCCUUACGCUAUUUUAAUAGCUGUGUUUGUAUUUUCCUCAACUUGCUUAAUCGUUCCAUUUGCAACAAAGAAAUUCCCCGAUUUCACAGACCCACAACUGGGUUUUGAAGCUAGAGGUACUAUACUUGCUCAAAGAUUAACAGCUUGGGUAAAUUUAAUGGAAGCAACUCAUCCUCGUGGUGAACUUGUUGAGAAUCCUUUGGAGUAUUAUUAUUAUUUGCAAUAUCACAAUCAGCCGAAUGAGACACAUCCACAAAAUCGUCCUGCGAACAGCACACGAAGAAGAAAAGGGAAAAAUAAAAAAAAGGAGAAAGGCAAAAAUAGUGUAAAGCCAAAAUAUGAAACAAGCGAUAAUGGCAUUAGUAAAAGUGAAGAUAAAUGGAAGGAGCUUCGCAAAUUAGGAAGCAAGAAUCAUUUAGAUAGUAUAGAAGAAAACGAUAGUCAUUUGAACAACAAUGAAUUUUUUUGUAAUCUUCCCAGCUCAGCUUACUCCCGUGUAGUAUUAAGUUCAGAGCGUGAGGAUAAGAGCUUAUGGUCCAUGGAAGGUAUUUUAGCCCAAUGUCACAUUGACGACGCUCUUCGUUCAAAUCCUGAAUUUCAAUCUCUUUGCCAGACGCAGGCAGAAAACGGUCAUGGAUCUUCAAAAUGUUGUCGGAGUUGGUCACCUGCCAAUUUUGUAGCUCUUCUAUCCAAUCGAAGUUCUUGUCUUGGAGUCACUGAAAUUGACUUGAUACGAGUGGAAAUUCUACUUCAAAGAUGUGCCUACUAUUAUCAUAAUUUGCAAUUGACUCCCGAUUGUGCUGAUAACUUAGAUUGCCAAAAACGAGUUCCUGUUGAAUGUUACGCUUACAAUGCUCCUUAUCAUCUUUUGCAUUAUCUUCUUGACAUUGAUUUUGUUCAAUUCAAAAAACAAGAUUCAGCAAACACACUAAAUACAACUCUACAUUCGGUAAUGUUGUUUUUACCAAUUGCUGCAAGUUCAGCGACUCUGGAUUUUUAUAACAAUCUUAAUUUUGACGGAUUGUUCUAUGGGAAAUUUCGAGUGGUUGCAAUUGAUCUUGGAUUGAAAAGCACACUUUUCGAUCGUCUUCUUGUGUCUGAUUCGUCACUUUUACUAUCUGGUUUUGCAUUUAUUACAGUGUGCAUCUGGAUUUAUUCGACUUCCAUUUUUCUCACAAUUACAACUAUACUAGCUGUUUUAUUCAGUCUUGGAAUUUCUUAUGCUAUUUACACUCUUGUCUUAAGGAUAAACUUUUUUCCCUUCAUGAAUUUAUUGGCGGUUGUUGUUGCUGUUGGUAUCGGAGCCGAUGACGCUUUUAUUUAUUGCAAAAUUUGGGAAUGCAAUAAACAACAAAAAUUGACAAACGGUGGAUUGGAGAGAUUGGUCCAGGAAACUAUGGCUCAUGCACUUCCGUCUAUGUUCACUACUUGUUUGACGACUGCAGUGGCUUUUUUUGCUUCGAUUGUAAGCAAUGUCACCGCUAUAAAUUGUUUUAGUUUAUUUUCAGGAAUGACGGUAGUGGCUAACUUUUUUCUAAUGGUCACAUGGUUACCAGCAUGUGUCGUAAUAGCUGAAAAAUGGCAUCUUUCAUUCCUUACACCGGCACAUUUUAUAGUUAGAAAGAUUAUCAGGCCAUUGAAACUUUUUAUGAACAGAAUUUCAAAUCGAUACAGUCACUGCCUUGCACAAUUCAGUGUUGGUUUACGAUGGUUCUGGUUUAUGGUAUUAGGAGCAAUUGCCAUCGCUGGAAUUUCUAUAAUUUUUCGAUAUCCUGGGCUACAGUUACCUGACUCGCCCAAUUUUCAAUUAUUUGAUAGCUCGCAUCCUUUCGAGCAAUACGAAUUGAUCUACGCCAAACGAUUUUGGUUUGAAAAACUUGAAAUGGGUGAUGGAGGAGCAGUGCUUCCUCUCAGAUUUAUAUGGGGUGUGAAACCAAUUGACAAUGGUAAUUACAACGAUCCAUCUGCCAGAGGAUCUUUUGUACAUGAUGAAAGUUUUGAUAUGACAGAUGCAAAUUCUCAAGAAUGGCUGCAACAAUUUUGCAGAAAUCUUCGAAAUCAACCGUUUUAUCGGAGUACAUUAGGUCCUCUUCUUCCAAAUUGUUUUAUUGACACGCUAAGAAAUUGGAUGGAAAGACGCUGUGAAGACCCGGCGGAUCCAAGCGCAGAUAAAAUGCCCUGCUGUAAACAAAGUAAAUUUCCCUAUAAACCAGAAGUUUUACGGGAAUGCGCUGCGAAAGCUAGUGAUGAAUUGUAUAAAACACCCUCACACUUGUGGAGUCGAGGUGCUCCCUUAACGGCGGGUUUGAAAUUUCUUAGAGAAGAAAUCGAUGUCUCGAAUAUAUCACACAGCUCAAAAAAACUACAAUUUAUUCCCAAAAUAAGAGCUUUAGUGGUCGAGUAUGACAGCACAUUUGUUUACAGUCUUUCAUUUGCAGAGAUGAAUAGAUUUUACAAUCAAGUGGAAAAGUGGAUGCAAGAGCAACUUACGAACGCGCCUCCUGGAAUGAAAGGUGGUUGGUUUGUGAGUCGUUUGGAAUUUUAUGAGUUGCAAAGAACGUUAUACGAAGGUACAAUUUGGGCAAUGAUUGUUUCUAUGAUUCUGGCACUCAUUGUUUUGGCGUUUGUGACUUUAAAUUUUCUCGUCAGUCUCUAUGCGAUUAUUGCAAUUGGCGCUGCUAUAGUUGUUAUUGUUGCAGCAUUGGUUCUUCUUGGGUGGAGACUAAAUGUCCUAGAAAGUGUUGCAGUUUCAACAGCUAUAGGUUUGGCAACAGACUUUUCCCUGCAUUAUGGUGUGAGUUACAGAGCUUGCAGCUUGGAAAAAAAUUUGGAUCGCGCUACAGUCGCACUAAAACAAAUGGGAGGACCGACUUUAAUGGCAGCUAUCACGAGUGGUGCUGCCGGUGCAUUAAUGUUGCCAUCUCAAGUAUUAGCCUAUAUUCAAAUAGGCCUUUUUUUAAUAUUAGUUAUGGGAGUUAGUUGGAUUUACGCAACAUUCUUUUUGUGUCCCAUUCUUGCUAUUGUAGGUCCAUCUCCAACUUUUGCUCAAUUUCAAUAUCUAAGACUGUGGAGGGCAUUAUUCAGUAUUCAUAAAAAGAGAACGAAUACAACGAAAGUAGAAAAAGAAGUAAGUUCCAAUCGUAGACGAUGGAGAGGAAGAGGAAUGUUCUCAGAAUCGACAAUCAGUACGUCGAGUACCGUUUGUCAAAUUCAUUGUAGUGAAUUGGAAAAUCUCGCUGUUCGUCCACCUUCACCAUCUUUUCCUCCAUCUCCAACAGCUACUCUACUUCAUCUCGAAUCGAGUCAAACAAACCUAAAAAAUAAUCGUCGAAAGCAAAGUAAUGACCACGAAUAAUAUGUAUAUAUUAUAUAUAUGAGCUAACCAAUUUCAAACCACGCAUAAAAUUUAUACAGUAAUAUUUAUUUGUUUCUAACCCCUCAAAAUUUGACUUUAUAAAAAAUUGUCUAAUUAAUAUUAAAUAGAAAAUGUCUUUUCGCAUAUUUUUUCUUGUAUUAAAAUUAAAAUGUUAUAUUUACUUAUAUUUGACUGAUAAAAAGUUAUUAUCAAUGCUUUACUUUUAAUUAAAAAAUAAUAAUUAAUUUUUUUGCUAAUCAAUGUUAAAGUUGUGCUGAAUAUUUUCAACGUUUUAUUUAUUCAGAAAAUUGUCAUAAAGAAUUUAUCUUUAGUGUUCAUCAGUAUAUAAAAAACUUUUCUGUAGAGUUUUAUUUUUAUUUAAUUACCGCCAAUAGGAAAAUUAUGAAGAUUUCCUCGAAGUUUCAUUAAAAAAAAUUUCUUUAAAUGAGCUAUUUGAACUUAAAUAUUAUAUAAUUGUCUCGCAUUUGCUCUGUCAAACAUAAAAAAUAUUGAACAUUUUGAAGAUUUAAAUCAGAAACACUACAAAAAGUGACUUGACUGAACUCUGAACAGAAUUAUCGUAGAAGGUUCACUAGGGGGUCAAAAAAUGCAUCUAAAAAUUCUACGAAAUGAAAGAGAAAUAUUUAUAGGUGUCUUAAAAUUUUCUAAUAGUUGUAAGCAAAAUACAUUAUUUUAAAAAAUUAAAAAAACAGAAAAAUUAUUAUAAUAAAAAAUAUGAAAACAAAACUUGCAAAAUUGUAAGUCACAACAUA